AUGAGCGUAUCUGCUUUUGAUCGUGCUAAAUCUAGUGAAUACAAAGAAGAGUUUUAUGCUGAUGGUGGCAAGCUUUUUUGUCGCUUCUGUAAAAUUGUUAUUGAUCACAAACAUAAAUCAGUUAUUGAUAACCAUCGUCAUUCUAAAAAGCAUCAAACAUAUAUAGAAAUUGAAAAAACUUUAUCAUCACAAUCACAAAAAACUCGACAAACUACUAUUAUUUCUCAUUAUAAAUUGCUUAGUGAAAGCGAACAAAUCAAUUUGGAUUUUUUAUAUUUGAGAAAAAAGAUAGUUACGCUAUUAAAAUGA